AUGGCGUACGCACAAUCAUGGCUCGACUUGGAGAAGAACCUGGGCGGGCGGAUGGUGUUGACCGGGACACCAGAGGAGAUCCGAGCCCAGUACGACCAGCUGGUGGCCAUGCUCCUCCCGCAACUCCCUCCCCCAUCCGAGGCCGUCGAGAGCAAGGACGGUGAUGUCGACGGGAUCAAGUACCGCCUGUACACGCCCAAGGAAGCCGCCAAGUCCGGGCCCCUCCCCGUCGCCAUCUGGACACACGGAGGCGGGUUCAUGACCGGCGACCUCAACUCGGACGAUCUUCUGUGCCGGAUCGUGGCCGAAGCCGUGCCUUCGAUCGUCGUCAACAUCGACUACCGCCUUGCUCCCGAGCACAAGUUCCCCACCCAGCUCGAGGACUGCCUGAAGGUGUACAAAUGGGCACGCCAGAACGCGAGCUCCUUUGGCGGCGACCCGAACAAAUUCUACACCAUCGGCGGCUCGGCGGGCGGGGCGCUGGCCCUGCAAAUCGCCAACCGCAUCGUCAAGGACCCCUCGAAACGCGACGGCAUCCGCGGCAUCGCGGCGAUCGUGCCGUGCGCGCUGCACUACGACAACGUCCCGGACGAGUACCGGGGCUUCUACAAGGCGUACGAGGACAACAAGGAGGGCGUGCCCAUCAUCGACAAGAAAUCCAUGGAGAUCUUCUACGAGCACGCCGGCGCCGAUCCCAAGGACCCGGACAUGUUCACCGCCCUGGCGACGGACAACCACAAGAACUUCCCACCCACGUACUUUGUCAGCUGCGAGAUGGAUCCCCUGCGCGACGACGCGUACGUGAUGGAAAAGGCGUUGAAGAAGGCCGGCGUGCCCACCAAGCAUGACCACUACAAGGGACUGCCCCAUUAUUUCUGGAUUUUCCCGUCCGUUCCUGAGGGCCAGCAGUUUGUGGGUAACUUACUGCAAGGUAUCAAGUGGCUGAUCUCGCAGAUGUGA